AUUGGCUUUCUGGGGAUGACGCAAGAGGCCGCCUCCGCCUAUGGUUGCGGAGCCGGCAGCCGGUCGAGUGGCGGAAGUGGUGUGAGCGAGGUGAUCCCGCAGUGCAGGAGCCGCGCGGGGCUGGGACGCAGAGCUGAGGCCACUGCUUCACCUCCCCCCGACCACGUGAGGAUGACGCGCUUCGCCCUGACCGUUGUCCGGCAUGGGGAAACAAGAUUGAACAAAGAGAAAGUACUUCAAGGACAAGGAAUAGAUGAACCUCUUUCAGAGACUGGAUUUAAACAAGCGGCUGCUGCUGGUAGAUUUAUGAGUAAAGUGAGGUUUACUCACGCUUUCUCCAGCGACCUCACACGGGCAAAGCAGACCAUGCAUGGGAUUUUGAAGCACAACCUGUUUUGCAAAGACAUGACAGUACAAUAUGAUUCAAGACUUCGAGAAAGGGUUUAACUCUCUUUCUAUAAGGGAGUGAAAGUCUGAUUAUUCCCAAAGGAUUGUUUUGAUGCUGCUCUACCUACUUUUGUAGGUGUUCAGGUGGCAUGAUCCAGGAGCAAAGUUAAGAAAUACCUGACCCAUCCCUCUUAUUUCUGAAAUAUCAUGGAGGGGUAAAACCUACAAGCUGAGGCCAAAUCAUCCAUUUUUAUAAAACGUCUGGGGGGGAAAAAGUGCUU